CCGGCCGCCAUGAAGGCCGUCGACAAGAGAGCCCAGCUGAUCGGCCAACAUAUGGGACGUUGUCAACGAGGGUAUGGCAUAUACGCACAAGGGAGCCAGGCAGACUUAGGUGUCUUGAUGUCUGCUUGUCUGUGUCAUGUGAUAUGUGUGUGUGCAGAUUGAUGACGCGCAGGACGAAGCCGAGGGCAAGAACGGCGGCUACAAGCUACGUGACAGCAUGUGGCACCCCGACCUCCCCGAGUAUAUCGACCUCGCCUUCGUUAAUGCCCACAAGGCCGGCCAGGCCGCCGACGCCAAGCACAACUCCACCACAAUGCCGGCCAUGAAGCUUUUCUAGAACGACUACUCGUGCGGCAUGAAGACACGCGGCAUGAAGACACGCGGGGUGCCUGUCGCAGGGGUCAGUCUUCAGUCGCAUGUCAACGGCGAGUACAGCUACUAUGAGGGCGUGCGGAAGAACACGCGGCGUCUGGGCGAGCUGGGGCUGGAGGUGACACGCGGCUGGCUAUCGUGGUGCUAAUAGGGGUGACACUGGACGAAGCAUCUGCCCCAGCCGGCUUUCGGAUGGGACGAAGGGAGUGACGUCGUAUCAGACCUGAUUAAUGCCAGGAUGUGAGCGAUGUCAUCGUAUUUGGCUCACAGCCGCUCGAAUUCAGACGUCAUCUAUGGCAAACGAGCUAGAGAGCACCGCUGCCGCUGACAAUUCCACCAUCCCGCACCGUGGGGCGUUGCCGAUACGCGAAUAUGACAUGACGGCCGCGCUGGAGUAACGUGUACAGGUGCGUCACUUCCGGCGAAGAGGUCUCGCCCACCUACUGCAUGUCGUAUUUUCGUGUGUUCUGCUCUCUUUCAGGCAGUGCACCCUUUUGCUGUUCUCUGUCGCCCUCCUUCCUCACGGCAAAAAGUGGCGCCCCCGCCCUUCAUAACGGUGCCCACAGCUUGUCCUGAUAACAUGCCAUGACCACCAUCAGCCACCGCAACAUACGCAGAGACACCAAACAUUCGCACUGCUGCUGAUGUCGGCCGCCCUUUGCGAAUCGGCGACAGAAAGGGGAAAGGCGACAGGAGAGCGAGGCCACUGUGUCUCUUGACGCCCCAGCCGCAGCCCAGUGUGAAAGAGAUGUCGACCGCCGCCUUUGUGGCGGAGCGCGAGCAGUGCUGACGCUGCGGCCGUGCGAUAGGGCCGCUGAAGGACAACAAGCCCGGAGACAGUACAUAAGGGUUCAUGUUACGAGAGAGUUGUCGGUCGUUGUUGGUCGAUGGAUGGAUGCCUUUCUUCUGUCGUGACAAGUGCUAUCAAUGCGUCGUCUUUUCUGCUCCAAGUGCAUUGAAAUGCGACGAUCGAUGCAGACACGCGUGAAGGAUGGACAUGUCCUUUGCUCUUUGUCGGCGGGUGCGUGCCUUUGGCGCAGAUGCGUACAGACAUGGAUGCCCAUGACGAAUGGCGAGCUGCAUAUGGAUGGAUGUUCAGUGGCAAACAUGGUGCAGAUUGGGCCAACAAUUGUCAAAGC